AUGGCAGCGGUAGUCCUCGGCCGAGCGCCACACGAGGCGCCCAAGGCCGUGGGCUCCCAGAUCGCCUACUCGGAGCGAGAGCUGUCGGAGGAUGAGGUCAAGGAAAACCUGAUCCGGAAAGCCUUCGGCGGCUCUGACUUCCUGUGGUCCGUGGCCACUUCCGCCUACCAGGUGGAGGGUGCUUGGAACGAAGGGGGUAGAAGCCCCUCCAUUUGGGACACCUUCACUCACCAGUACCGUGCAUACAAGGGCAGCAAUGCGGAUGUGGCCUGCGACCACUACCACCGCUACAAGGAGGACCUUGCCCUCAUCACGGAGUAUGGCUUUAAGUCCUACAGGUUUUCCAUCUCCUGGACCCGGGUGAUGCCCUUGGUGAACGGGACCAUGCGGGCCAACCCGGAGGGCGUGAAGUUCUACAAGAACGUACUCGCCGAGCUCAAGCAGAGAGGCAUCGUGGCGAUGGUGACGAUGUUCCACUGGGACCUGCCGGAGGGCUUGGAUUGGCGGAACGCGAACGUGGUGGAUCACUUCCUGCGCUACGUGGACUUCCUGUGGACCACCUUCCCCGAGGUCAAUAGCUGGAUCACAUUCAACGAGCCCUUCACCUUCUGCUUCAUGGGCUACAAGCUAGGACUCCAUGCGCCUGGGGUACAAUCCCAGCACGAGCACCUGAAGUGCGGGCACAAUGUGCUCCGGGCCCACGCCUUCGCGAUGCAGCUCUUCCGGCGCCAGUACUUCCGCGCCGGGCUGAAGGUGGGCAUCGUGCUGAACUACGAUUUUCCUUUCCCGAAAGACCCGAAGAACCCCCACGACGUGGACUCUGUGGAGGUCGACGCUCAGAAGCGCAUAGGCUGGUUCGCAGAUCCGCUCUACAAAGGCGAUUACCCGCAGGUCCUCAAGGAUAUGAACGGCGAGAACUUGCCAAGCUUCACCCUGGAGGAGAAACAAUUGCUAAGAGAAGCUGUGAACCCCGUCUACAGCUUCUAUGGCCUCAACAGCUACGGCGGUCGAUAUAUGGAAGCCUUCCACAACGACUCCAUGCUCCCCAGAGAAAGCUUCUACAAGGACGGGCAGAUGAUCGGGCAGCCCUUCAUCAAGGCCUGGUUCUACAAGGUGCCCGAGGAGAGAUACUUCUGCACUUGCGCUGGGUGA